AUGCGGGGCAGCGAAAGGGAUAAAACGUCGUUAUCAGAACAGGAUCAGUCAAUGAGCGGAAGGUUCAAACAUCUUCUUGAACCGAUUCGAGAUCUUGCAUCAAACUGGAAUGUUGAUAUCGCGCAUGACCUCGAGGAAUAUCUCAACGAACUCGAAAUGCUUCAGAUUAGUCUCGAUGGCGGGAACACCAUCAUGAACUUUGCAGAAGCAGCACUUCUCAUUCAGGGGUCUACUUGUGUGUACAGCAGAAAAGUCGAAUAUCUACACCGCCUGGUCUUUGCUGUCCUCGAGAUCAUCACAGAUAGGCAGCAGAAGAGGAAGGAUGACGCGGAAGAGGAGGAGAACGAGCCUGAGAAAUGUUUCGCUGACGAGGUUCAGUUCAUCGCCCUCGAUGACAUUCGUGAGGCCAAGAGCUCUGCGAUCGACCUCGUUGAGGCGGAAGAUGAUGGCGAGAACGUGAAAUCCAACCAAAACUCGAUGCUCCUCAUGCUCAGCCUCGACGUGGACAACGAGAACCCCGACCCCAACAAAGACCUCAGGCUCUCAACAGCCACUGUCCACUCCUCCGGCGCCCUGCUCCUCGAUUCAAGUAUGCAAGGGAUCCUUGACAACAAACUCGAGAGAUCCCUCGAGGUAGAAAAGCUCCGCUCCGAGGAGAAAGCUUUCAACGACCCAAACAUCACCAACAUCGCAAAGGAUCAGACGGUUGAUUUUGAUGUUAAUUUCGAUCACGAGGAUGAGGGAGACGACGACGACGAUGGUUACGAGGAUGCUGCAGGUGGGAUGGAAGGCAUGCAAGGGUGGAAAGCAGAGGAUGAUCGCAAGACGGCAAGAGGCCAUCGAGUGGAGGAGGCGAGUGAUCCCUGGAGGAUGCUCGUGGACUUGUGGUCCUAUCAGACGCGCUCGCUCAAGCUUCCCUUCUUCCACGAGUUCUCCAAGAAACUUCAGCUGCUCGAAGUUGAAGAAGAUGAGUACGACAUGGUCGACCUCCCGGCUGCUGGGGAGAAGCCCUUGGAGUACGAGGACAUGUGCGGAGGGGUUGACGACGACGACGAUGGAGACGGAGGAUGGGACAACGAUUUUGUGAACGGUGAAGAUUCUUGUCCUUUCGCUGGGAAUGGUGACGUGGGCACAGAGGAGGGGCCCGAGACUUUUUCAGCUGCUCUCCACAAGAAAGCAACGCAAGAGCCUGACAUAGAGUUUCAUGACGACCUCACGUACGAGCAAAUGUGCAAAGUGCGUGAGUGGCAGAGCAAAGUUGAGCCGAAGCUGCAAGAGGAGGACAAGCGGCCAGCCUUUGACAUCCAUUCCUAUGGAGAGACUGUGAAGGGAAGAGUCGCGCGAGAAGUGAAGGCUGUGGAGGAGGUGGUUCCCUUCGAGAACAUCGUGCAUGGGAUGUCGCGCUUCGACGUCUGCAGGACUUUCCUAGCAACCCUCCAGCUCGUGAAUGAUGGCAACCUCUCCAUCACUCCUUCCUCAAGAGGAUCCAUCGAUGUUCAGCUGCUGUGCGAGGAGUCGAAGCACAAGACGAUGGUCGAGUCCUACAUGGCUCCCUCCAUCGCCUCCGCCAAGAAGAAGAAACAGAAGCCGGCACAAGGCCCCCUCCUCGACCCUCCCCGCAUGGAGGCGCUGGUGGAGGAGGUUGGCGGAGCGACGCAGCAGAGUCAGCAGAGCACACAACUGAAGCAGAAGAAUGAGGACGAAGUGGUGGAGGAGGAAGUUGAGCCACGGAAGAAGACGAGGGGACGAGGAAAGGAGAACGCUAGGAGUGCCUUUGCCAGCUAG